UGGACGUGUUAAUAUAUUAGUUUGAAACCGAGGUAAUUAAUAGGCAAUAGACUGCUUUGUCCUCUACGAAUUUCCUCCGUGUAGCCUACCAGAAGAAAGGACGACUUUCAGCUGAGACACGUUUACAAAAGCCUCCUAUACAAAUCAGCUGUCUGCUCCUUACAGCAUGAAGAAUCCAGGAACUCUCACAGCCGAGAAACGUAGGCCUAAAUCUCCCAACAGGAACGAAGUCCAAUAUAACGGCCUGAAAAAUCAAGGUGCCACCUGCUACUUAAAUGCAGUAUUGCAAUGUCUAUUCAUGACCCCAAAAUUCAGAGAAGCAGUGGUGAGUUAUGAAGCCCCUGGAGAUUGUGGUGAGGAAAAUCUCUUGCUACAACUUAAGAAGCUGUUUGAACAGCUGUCAGAAAAAGCAGCCACAACUGAAGGAAUAACCAAGAGUCUUGGAGUAAGAAAUGUUUUUGAGCAACAAGAUGCAGUGGAGUAUUAUCGGAAGAUUUUGAAAGCAAUGGGGACACAUGCCUCUAAGGUCUUUGAAGGGAAAAUGAGCAACAUAACAAAAUGCUGUAAAUGUAGCAAGGAAACCAAAGAAACCAACACCUUCAUCUCAAUACUUCUUUCUAUUGAUGUUGGAAAUGAUGAGACAUAUGAUGUGGAAAAUGGUCUGAAAACCUUCUUUAAACAUUCAAAACUUGAAGAGGAUGACUGGAUGUAUUGUGAUAAAUGUGACCAAAAAACAGAAACAGAAACUUGGAGUGAAAUAGAUAAAUAUCCCACUGUUUUAACUCUGCAUCUGAAGAGGUUUGACUUUGAUUACAUACGGAUGAGAUACAAGAAGAAUGAAUGUUGUCUGGAUGUACCUCCAAGUCUACACAAUGGGGAUAAUAGGUCUAAAUAUGAUCUUUAUGCUGUUAUCAGCCAUAAGGGUGGAUACACUGGUGGACACUACGAUGCAAUCAUCAGAUCUUAUGAAAAUGGAAUAUGGUACCGUUUUGAUGACUACACCGUAACACAGACUUCAGAAGCAUCACUGAAAAACUCACACCUACCAUACAUGCUGAUGUACAGAAAAGCAGUGUUGAGCCCUGGCAGCGUUCCACAUCCGAUGAGGAUCCUUCUAAUAGGGCCUUCCAGAGCUGGGAAAAGUGCAGUAGGCAACAUCAUCCUUGGUGGAAAUUACUUUACUUCUGAAAGUGGAUCGGAGACUGUGACCAAAGAAUCCAUGGCAAAGACAGUGGAAAAGAUCACUGUAGUGGACACUCCAAAUCUCUUUUCCCUCGAUGAACUGAGCUGGAGCCAUGAAAUGGAAAGAUGCAUUGAGUUAUGUGACCCUGGCCCCAAUGUGAUUCUCUGGGUCACACCAAUAUGUAAAUUUAGUGAACAACAACAAGGUCUUUUCCAUGCCUUCAGAAAACGACUAGAUUCAGGAACAACAAAACAUAUGAUGAUUAUCUUCACAAAUGGCAGAGAGCUUAAAAAACUUGGGCAAACCAUUAGCACAUUUAUUUCCAAAGGCAGCAAACUUUGUAAAGUGGUCAGCAGCUGUCAGAACAGGUACCAUGUCAUUGACAUCACUAAUGGCCACAAUAACACCCCAGAACUGCUUGAAAAUCUCAGCAAGAUAGUGACAUCAGAGUAUACUGCAAUUUCAAAAAGACAAUUAAAGCGUUGUACUAGAAGGAAAAAGUUCGUAAGAAGACAGAAAUCCAUGAAACAUUGAAGAUGUUAAAAAAGAGAUCAAACGUCUUGAGUCUUGCAGACAAAAUAACUGAUAAGAAACUGAGUGCACAUAAGAGAAGAUGAAAUCUUCUGGAAGGUGCUGAAUCACUGAAUAUAUUGAAUUUCCUUUUGAUUUCCU